GGCAGCCUCGCUUUCAUUCGCGUGACGACCACAGAAGGCUCAGCUCCGAGGACGAGUCAACGGUUGUCCUCUCGCAAAUAUUUGACUAACGUUAGCUAACAAACCAACAAAACCAACAAAUACGAGUAUUUUGAAUAUUGUUCUUAAGUCAUCUUCUAGUGGUAGGUUUCGGAAGCGACUUUUUUGACCUCGUUUGAGUUUCUGUACCUCGUUUAUAUCGACGUUUUCCGAACAAAGGUCUCAAGCUACCGUCGACCUGCUUGUGGCAGAAACAAUGGCCAAGGUGAAAGACUCGCACUCUGACAUGGCCCACGCUCGCCAGACCGACGGCAUCAAUGUAAUCUUUGACCAGAACAGCCCUGCUUCAUCUCGCUCUCGCUCUCGAUCCACAAGCAGCAGUGACCGCUCCCUUGCCUCUGGCCGCUACAGGGGACGUGGCAGUCACAGGGGGCGUUACAGAUCUUCGUCGUCUUCCCGAAGCAGGUCUUCCUCUCGUUCCAGGUCUCGCUCUCACCCUCGUUGCCACAGACGUUCUUCCCGCUGCCGCUGUGACAACCAUUACAGAUACAGUCAACUUCACCAGUCAAGCCGGUCACCCUCGCCAGACAAGUACUCGCGUUCCAGACGCUCGAGGGCCAGCUCCAAGUCUUCCAGCCAUCAGAACAGGCACAGGAGGGAUGUGAGCCGGGUCAGACAUAGGCCGUCGCAGUCUUCAUCCAGAAACAACAGGAGCCGCUCACAUUCCAGAUCAGGACGCUCUGUCCGUAUGAGUUUGGAUGAUAAAAGGGAAGUCCUCAAAGCUGCAAUCAGCAAUGUCGAGAAGGUCCUUGGACCGGAGAGGCUGGAACUUCCAGAGAGCGUAAAACCAAUCCUGGCAGAGCAGUCGGAGCCCGAACAGGUGUCACCAGAACGAGGGACAUGGGUGAGACAAGACCCUGAAAAGACUCCAUCACAGAGCAGUGAGGAGGACCCUGAUGAUAUGUCCAGCCCCAAGAUGUUUCCAAAGAGGAAAAUCAUCUCUUUCAGCAUUAAUAAUUCUGUGGUCAAACCAACAGUAACAGCUCCAUCUUCUGCUAAGGUAACUCCAAGAGUGGACAGCUAUGAAAGCAGGAAGCCCUAUGGCCACUGGGUUCCAGUCAAAUCAGGCCGAACCAACGCACGCAAACACACACUCAGCACCAUGUUACGCUAGUGUGGCAGAGUACAUGGACACUGUAAAUACUGUAAAUAUAUUGUACAUAUAUUGUUCCAUCUUUUCAUGGCCGUUUUCUUUCAGAUGUUAAAGAUUUAAGUGGGAGGAAGUGAAGAAUUCGUCCAGGUGGGAUUAUUUUUUUCCCUUUGUGUAUUGUGUUCAAGGAUUCAUUAAAGAUAUUUAUUUGAUAAAAAA